UCUUCUAUUCCAUCUCCAAUUUCCAUACAUGGCUGCUUUUUUGUUCUUCGUCCUAUCAUCAGCAUUCUAUUCAGGAAUAGCAGCUCAACAAAGCCCUCUUAACAUUAGCUUAGGUUCUUCUCUAACACCCACAGGCAACUCAUCAUCAUGGUUGUCGCCAUCUGGAAUAUUUGCUUUUGGAUUCUAUCAGCAACGCAAUGGCUAUGCUGUGGGCAUUUUUCUUGCUGGAAUUCCUGAAAAGACUGCAGUUUGGACUGCCAACAGGGAUAACCCCAUUUUUUCUAGCAAUGUUUCGCUGAUUUUGUCUACAGAUGGCAGGCUCAUCUUGCGCCUGCUAGAAGGCCAAUACAUAUCAAUUGCUAAUCCUUUGGAACCCAUUUCUUCAGCUUCCAUGUUGGAUUCUGGAAAUUUUGUGUUAUACAAUUCUGAAAAGGAAAUCAUAUGGCAAAGUUUCGAGAAUCCAACUAAUAGUUUAUUGCCCGGUCAGCGAUUGGCAGCUGAUCACGAGCUCAUAUCCAGUGCUUCAGAAACUGACGAUUCAAGAGGAAUUUUUCGUCUGAAGAUGCAAACGGAUGGACACCUUGUACAGUACCCUGUGGGCACAACAGAUGUAGCGGAAAAUUCUUACUGGGCAUCUGGAACUAAUGGAGACGGUCCAAAUAUAACUCUAAAUCUCCAGGAUGAUGGGCAUCUGUACUUGAUCAAUUCAAGUGUUAAUAUAGUGAAGAAUCUUUCUGAUGGAGGACAUCCUCAGAACAAGAUGAUCUAUUUGAUGAAGAUUGAUGUGGAUGGUAUUUUCCGAUUGUAUUCACAUUCGUUAGAUCAGAUGGGCAAUUGGUCGAUCCUAUGGGAAUCUUCAGCUGAUAAAUGUGAUCCUAAAGGCCUUUGUGGGUUCAAUGGCUUCUGUACAAAACUGGAUAACUUGGUUGAAUGCAAAUGCCUUCCUGGAUUUGACUUUGUCAAUCAAGGCAAUUGGAGCUCGGGCUGUGAGAGAAGUUUGUUUGCAGGUAGCUGUAAUUCCACGGAUCCAAUGGUCAAUUACACCAUUGAGUACUUGGAAUCUACUAUAUGGGAAGAUAACCCCUUUUUCAUAUUGGAAACAAACACGAGAGAAGAUUGUGCAAAGAUUUGUCUUGAAGAUUGCAACUGUGAAGCGGCAUUCUUCAAAGAUGGACAAUGCAAGAAGCAGAGGCUCCCAUUGACAUAUGGAAAAAGAGCAAGUGACUCCAAUAUUGCUCUAGUCAAGGUAGGAAAACCUGCAACUAAGGAUGAAGGUGUAAGUGAAAUUCACAAUAAUCCUCCCAAAAAAAGAAAGGAAGAAGGUCGUUUGUAUAUCCUGAUUAUUGGGAUUUCCCUUGCUGUUUCUGGAGUCCUGAUCUCUGUAACUGCUGGAGUUUAUGUUUGCAGAAUUAAGGUAUCAGCAUAUAAGCAGAUAUCGCAAAUUGGAAAUGUUGAAUUUGUGCAGAAUGUAGCUCCAACAGCCUUUAGCUUUGCUGAACUAGAUCAAGCAACGAAGGGAUUCAGAGAAGAGUUGGGCAGAGGAGCGUCUGGGGCUGUGUAUAAAGGGAUUUUGCCAAAUUCCAAGAAGGUUGUGGCUGUAAAGAAACUCGAGAAAGUAUUAGCAGAAGGGGAAAAGGAGUUUCAGAAUGAACUCACAGUGAUUGGGAAAACACAUCAUCGUAAUCUUGUCCGGCUACUGGGCUACUGCCUUGAUGGCACUAAGAGGCUUCUAGUUUACGAGUAUAUGAGCAAUGGAUCAUUGGAAAAUAUCCUGUACAAACCAGAGAACCGCCUGAGUUGGGAUGAAAGAAUUAGAAUUGUCCGUGACAUUGCAAGAGGUAUUCUUUACCUUCAUGAAGAGUGUGAGACACAAAUCAUCCAUUGUGACAUCAAACCUCAGAACGUACUCAUGAAUGAAAACAGGUGUGCCAAGAUUUCUGAUUUUGGGUUGGCAAAGAUAUUAAAACAUGAUCAAACCAGAACUUGUACUGCAGUAAGAGGAACAAGAGGUUAUGUUGCACCAGAAUGGUUCCGGAACUUGCCCGUGUCAGUAAAAGCAGAUGUUUACAGCUUUGGAAUUAUGCUAUUAGAGAUCAUAUGCUACCGAAAAAAUGCAGACUGGACCUAUUCUGGGGAUGAAGCUAUUCUUGAAGAAUGGGCUUAUCAGUGUUUCGAGGCUAGGGAGCUAUAUAAAUUGGUUGGUGAUCAGGAGGUUCUUGAAGUGAGAGAACUGGAAAGAAUGAUCAAGAUAGCUCUCUGGUGCAUCCUGGAUGAGCCUGCUCUUCGUCCAUCCAUGAAGAAAGUCGUUCUGAUGCUGGAAGGAACUGUUGAUAUUCCAGUUCCUCCAAGUCCUACAUCUUUUCUAAGUGCCAUAUAAUUGUAGUUUGUGUUUGGUUUUUUAGCGUCACACUAUUACCUUAAAUCCUUUCAUAUCGUGGCAAAAGAAAAAUUAGUUGUA